CAGUCGUCUGAGUGAAAACAGAAGGCGUCAAUGGAUCUGGCUGUGGCCCUGGUGCUCUGUCUCUCCUGUCUGCUUCUCCUCUCACUCUGGAAACAGAGCUCUGGGAAUGGGAAGCUCCCGCCAGGCCCCACUCCUCUCCCGAUUCUUGGAAACAUCCUACAGUUAGAUGUUAAGAACAUCAGCAAAUCUUUAACCAGUCUCUCAAAAGUCUACGGCCCUGUGUUCACUGUGUAUUUUGGAAUGAAGCCCACAGUAGUCUUGCAUGGAUAUGAAGCGGUGAAGGAAGCUCUGAUUGAUUUGGGAGAGGAGUUUUCUAGAAGAGGCAGUUUCCCAGUGAUUGAAAGAACUACUAAGGGAUAUGGAGUCGUAUUCAGCAACGGAAACUUAUGGAAGGAGACCCGGCGCUUCUCUCUCAUGACCCUGCGGAAUUUCGGGAUGGGGAAGAGGAGCAUUGAGGACCGGGUUCAAGAGGAAGCUCGCUGCCUGGUGGAGGAGUUGAGAAAAACCAAUGGGUUGCCCUGUGAUCCCACUUUCAUCCUGGGCUGUGCUCCCUGCAAUGUGAUCUGCUCCAUUAUUUUCCAGAACCGUUUUGAUUAUAAAGAUCAGACUUUUCUAAAUCUAAUGAAAACAAUAAAUGAAAAUAUCAAGAUUCUGGGCUCUCCGUGGAUGCAGGUCCUCAAUAUUUUCCCUGUGCUCCUUGAUUUUUUCCCAUGGAGUUAUAGUUAUAAAAAACUUAUUACAAAUAUUGCUUAUGUAAAAAAUUAUGUUUUGGAGAAAACAAGGGAACACCAAGCAUCCCUGGAUAUUAACAAUCCUCGAGACUUUAUUGAUUGCUUCCUGAUCAAGAUGGAGCAGGAAAAACACAAUCAUCAAUCAGAAUAUACAUUUGAAAACCUGACAAUCACUGUAUCUGAUUUGUUUGGAGCUGGGACAGAGACAACGAGCACCACGCUGAGAUAUGGGCUUCUCCUCCUGCUGAAGCACCCAGAAGUCACAGCUAAGAUCCAGGAAGAGAUUGACCGUGUGAUUGGCAGACACCGGAGCCCCUGCAUGCAGGACAGGACCCGCAUGCCCUACAUGGAUGCUGUGGUGCAUGAGAUCCAGAGAUACAUUGACCUGGCUCCCACGAGUGUACCUCAUGCUGUGAACUGUGAUGUUAAAUUCAGAAACUACCUCAUCCCCAAGGGCACAGAUGUAUUAACAUCACUGAGUUCUGUGCUACACGAUGACAAAGAAUUUCCCAACCCAGAGGUAUUUGACCCUGGCCACUUCCUGGAUGAGAAUGGCAACUUUAGGAAGAGCGACUAUUUCAUGGCUUUCUCAGCAGGAAAACGGAUUUGUGUGGGAGAGGGCCUGGCCCGCAUGGAGCUGUUUUUAUUCCUGACCACAAUUUUACAAAAAUUUACCCUGAAAUCUGUGGUUGACUCAAAAGACAUCGACACCACCCCAGCUGUUACUGGGAUAGCUAAUGUGCCGCCUCCUUACCAGCUCUGCUUCAUUCCUGUGUGAAGAAUGCUAGAUCAUACAGCUUCAUCCAUGGCAUUGUCUUUAACUCCCUUUCAUUGGGGGCAUCGUUCACCAGUGUCAUGUUAAUCUUUCCUGAGAACACAUCUCUGACCUCUUCUCAUUCUCUGUGCAAUUUCACUACAGAAAUAUAUCUGCUAUUCUCCAUAUCCUGUAGUAUUUUUAUUGGCCAUCACAUAUGCUAAUAGAUAUCUAAUAUUAAGUAGUAGUGUGUACCUAGUACCAUGUACUCAGUACAAAGUAAUGCAUGAUGAUUAGUGUGUGCCAAUGAGACCUAUUUCUUCAGUGCUUAUUUCUAAUAAAAAGCAGAAUCUGAUGA